AUGGCCAACCCCACUCCCUGCGUGGCAAUAACAACCACAGUGGAGCCACAAUCAACACCAUCCUUAGUUCAUACUACUCCGUACGGAGUAAGCCGCAGGAUGCUGCAACCAUGCUCUAGUCCUAAGAGUUCCAUUGUCUCAGUUGCCAAUAAUGCAGAUUUUGUUGGAGGCAAGCGACUCCGUUCUCCACUGUCGGAUAGAUGCGCCGGGUGGAUUCCACGAGGGACGGAGAAUAUUCUAACCAUUGACACCAUUCUUUUAUACAAAGUACUGACGCGGCCCACCACUACCCCUGUCUUUUAUACUAAUCAUUUUUGCUGCCUACACGUCAAUAUGCCCUGGGACAAAGAUCCUUCAACAGUCACCAUGACUCUGGCCGACGAAGCCCAGUCCAGAGGCUAUGUCGCCCCCAAAUGGCGCGGCACCCAGGCCGACCAGGCCGAUAUGAGCGCUCUGGGGAGAGACCAGGUUUUGCGGCGUAACUUCCGAUAUAUCUCCAUCGUAGGAUUUGGCUGCACGCUGAUCGCCACGUGGGAGGUUGUUUUGACCCUGCUUGCACAAGGCCUGACUGAUGGAGGAACUGCCGGUCUGAUCUGGGGGUUCCUCAUCGUCGCUGCUGGUUUUCUUUUGGUGUUCCUGAGUCUGGCCGAGAUGGCAUCCAUAAAUUCCUCAGCUACAUCACCGGCAAGUUUUCCUGGCCCCUUCCUCCUUAACCAAGCUAAUUAUGUUAAUUACGUAGGCUGGCUGUGCGCUAUGGGCUGGCAAUGCGCCAUCGUGUCGAUUGCCUAUCUGGCUGGAACUAUUAUCCAAGGCUUGAUGGUGCUGAAUAACCCGGACUACGGCGCCCAGCGGUGGCACGGCACCCUGCUGGUGAUCGCCAUCACCUUGUUUUCGAUCAUAUUCAACACCUUCCUAGCCAAGCGGCUGCCCUUCGUGGAGGUUUUGAUUCUGAUUCUGCAUGUGUGCGGCUUGUUCGCCAUCAUAAUUCCGCUGUGGGUGCUUGGCCCUCGCCGUAGCGCGAAGCAGGUGUUUACCGAAUUCAACAACGGCGGGGACUGGAACAGUGCUGGGACUGCCACGCUCGUUGGGUUCUCGACCACUAUCACGGCGCUAAUUGGAUACGAUUGUGCUGUGCACAUGUCGGAGGAGAUUAAAGAUGCGUCUGAGACCCUGCCAAAGGCGAUGAUUACCUCUGUCAUUGUCAACGCCGCCUCCGGUUUCGUGAUGCUGGUGACGGUCUGCUUCACACUAGGCGAUAUUGACGACAUCCUGGCCACUCCGACAGGGUACCCGUUCAUGCAGGUGUUCUACAACGCGACGGAGAGUCUGCCGGGGACGAAUACUAUGACCGCCAUUCUGGUGCUGACCCUGACGGCGAGUACGAUCACAGAAGUGGCAACGGCAUCGCGCCAGUUGUGGUCUUUCGCGCGUGAUCGCGGUCUUCCUUUCUCGGAUUUCUUCGGAUAUGUAAACCCCGGCUGGAACAUCCCCUUGAACGCCGUGAUGGUCUCGCUGGCAGUGACAGUCCUCUUGUCGCUCAUCAACAUCGGCUCCACAACCGCGCUUCUCGCUAUCGUGACCCUGACCAUCGGCGCAAUGAUGUCCUCGUACAUCAUCACGAUUGCGUGUGUGCUCCUGAAGCGUAUUAGAGGGGAACCCCUCCCACCACGCAAAUGGUCGCUAGGCCGGUUCGGCAUGGCAAUCAACAUCGGGGCGUUGUGUUUCCUGCUCCCAGUGUUCGUGUUCGCCUUCUUCCCGCUCACCUCGACAGUGGAACCAGACACCAUGAACUGGUGCGUAGUGAUGUACGGGGGCAUUCUGAUCAUUGCGGUGGUGUAUUAUGUGUUGCGGGGACGACACCAUUACAUCCCGCCCGUGGCGCUCGUGAAGCGAGAGAUGUAA